CUCUGCCUCUGAUGAAUUGAAAUCUCUGAAAGCCGCUACGGCUCUGGUAGUUUUAUAAAACUGUCCUUCCUCUUUCUGCAUUUGCCCAGUCAAGGGUGUCUUUGCCUGAGGUCGCAGUGAUGCUAGGCAGUCCAGCCCCAGCCUCCCAGCUUCCAGCUACCGCCUGCUUCUCAGACCUGACGGAAUCAGAAGGUGCUUAAUGCUUAGCAGUUGGUCUGCUGCUCAUUCUCACCCCCCAUGAGCCUUGGUUCUGAUGCAACCUAUGGUCAUGCAGGGAUGCCCUUACACCCUCCCACGAUGUCAUGAGUGGCGGGCUGCUGACAGGUUCCAUCAGAGCAGCAGUCUCCGAAGCACCUGCCCUCAGCUUCAGGUUAGAGCUGCUGUCACCUCCCCUGCACCUUCUCAGGAUGGUGCCAGGGUUCCCUGCCUAAGUCCAAAGCUGUUGAAUGGGUCUGUUGGUGCCGUCGACCCUCUGGAACCAUCAGCCAUGAAUCUGUGUUGGAAUGAAAUAAAAAAGAAGUCUCACAACCUCCGUGCUCGCCUAGAGGCCUUCUCAGACCACAGUGGAAAGCUUCAGCUCCCUCUACAAGAAAUUAUUGACUGGCUCAGCCAAAAGGAUGAGGAGUUAUCAGCUCAGCUGCCCCUACAAGGGGAUGUGGCCCUGGUGCAACAGGAGAAGGAGACACAUGCGGCCUUUAUGGAAGAAGUCAAGUCUCGGGGCCCCUAUAUUUACUCCGUACUGGAGUCAGCUCAGGCCUUCCUGUCCCAGCACCCAUUUGAAGAAUUAGAGGAGUCUCAUUCUGAGAGCAAAGAUACCUCCCCCAGACAACGGAUCCAGAAUCUAAGCCGCUUUGUAUGGAAGCAGGCAACAGUAGCCAGUGAACUAUGGGAGAAACUGACAGCCCGCUGUGUGGACCAGCACCGUCAUAUUGAGCGUACUCUGGAGCAGCUGUUGGAGAUCCAAGGGGCGAUGGAGGAGUUGAGCACUACUCUGACUCAAGCUGAGGGAGUCCGAGGCACUUGGGAACCCAUUGGGGAUCUCUUCAUUGAUUCACUUCCAGAGCACAUCCAGGCUAUUAAGCUAUUCAAAGAAGAAUUUUCCCCCAUGAAAGAUGGAGUGAAGUUGGUGAAUGAUCUGGCACACCAGCUUGCCAUUUCUGAUGUGCACUUGUCAAUGGAGAAUUCCCGAGCCCUGGAGCAGAUCAACAUCCGGUGGAAACAGCUACAGGUAUCAGUUGGUGAGAGGCUUAAGCAGCUCCAGGAUGCCCAUCGGGACUUUGGACCUGGGUCACAGCACUUCCUCUCUUCCUCUGUCCAGGUUCCCUGGGAAAGAGCAAUUUCACCCAAUAAAGUUCCCUACUACAUCAACCACCAGGCUCAGACCACAUGCUGGGACCAUCCCAAGAUGACUGAGUUAUACCAAACCUUAGCUGAUCUGAACAACAUUAAGUUCUCAGCUUAUCGUACUGCCAUGAAGCUCCGCAGAGUCCAGAAGGCCCUGCGCCUGGAUCUGGUAACUCUAACUACAGCCCUGGAGAUCUUCAAUGAGCAUGAUCUGCAGGCCAGUGAUCAUGUGAUGGAUGUGGUGGAGGUCAUUCACUGCCUGACUGCCUUAUAUGAACGGUUAGAGGAGGAAAGAGGCAUCCUGGUCAAUGUGCCAUUAUGUGUAGACAUGAGCCUCAAUUGGCUCCUCAAUGUCUUCGAUAGUGGUCGCAGUGGAAAGAUGCGGGCAUUGUCCUUUAAGACUGGCAUUGCAUGCCUGUGUGGCACAGAAGUGAAAGAAAAACUUCAGUACCUCUUCAGCCAAGUGGCCAACUCAGGCAGCCAGUGUGACCAACGCCACCUCGGUGUCCUGCUUCAUGAGGCCAUUCAGGUGCCCCGUCAGCUGGGUGAAGUGGCAGCAUUUGGGGGCAGCAAUGUGGAACCCAGUGUCCGUAGUUGUUUUCGUUUUAGCACUGGGAAGCCAGUCAUUGAAGCUUCCCAGUUCCUGGAGUGGGUCAACUUGGAGCCCCAGUCCAUGGUGUGGCUGGCUGUCCUGCAUCGGGUCACCAUUGCUGAGCAAGUGAAGCAUCAGACCAAGUGCUCUAUCUGUAGGCAGUGCCCUAUCAAGGGGUUCAGGUACCGGAGUCUGAAACAAUUUAAUGUGGAUAUAUGCCAGACUUGCUUCUUGACUGGCAGGGCCAGCAAAGGCAACAAGCUGCACUACCCUAUCAUGGAAUAUUAUACACCGACAACAUCCAGUGAGAACAUGAGAGAUUUUGCUACAACCUUAAAGAACAAAUUCCGCUCAAAACAUUAUUUCAGCAAACACCCUCAGCGAGGUUAUCUGCCUGUGCAAUCAGUGCUGGAGGCUGAUUGCAGUGAGACGCCGGCUUCUUCCCCAAUGUUGCCACACGCUGACACACACUCUCGCAUUGAGCAUUUUGCUAGCAGACUUGCUGAAAUGGAAAGUCAAAAUUGCUCCUUCUUUAAUGACAGCCUAUCCCCAGAUGAUAGCAUAGAUGAAGACCAGUACCUGCUGAGGCAUUCCAGCCCCAUCACAGACCGGGAGCUAGCCUUCGGACAGCAGGCUCCAUGCAGCAUGGCCACAGAAAGCAAGGGGGAGCUAGAGAAGAUCCUAGCCCAUUUAGAAGAUGAGAACCGGAUUCUCCAGGGAGAGCUGAGGCGCUUGAAGUGGCAACAUGAGGAGGCGGCUGAAGCACCCACCCUAGCCGAGGGCUCCACUGAGGUAGCACAGGACCACCGCAAUGAGGAACUUCUAGCUGAAGCCAGGAUCCUCAGGCAGCACAAGAGCCGCCUGGAGACACGCAUGCAGAUUCUUGAAGACCACAACAAGCAACUAGAGUCCCAGCUGCAGCGCUUGAGGGAACUGCUCCUGCAGCCACCCACUGAAUCAGACGGCAAUGGCUCUGCAGAUUCGUCUCUAGCUUCCUCUCCACAGCAGUCAGAAGGCAGUCACCCCCGGGAGAAGGGACAGACAACUCCAGAUACUGAGGCUGCAGAUGAUGUGGGGUCAAAAAGCCAGGAUGUCAGCCUGUGCUUGGAGGACAUCAUGGAGAAGCUCCGCCAUGCCUUCCCCAGUGUGCGAAGCUCUGAUGUGACUGCCAGCACCCUGCUGGCCUCUUGAUGGAGCCAGAUCCCCAUUCUAUAGUCCAUAGUUCUUACUGGUUCUGGUCAAAAUCUUCCCUCAGCCCUCACCCAAACUUUUCAGUUCCCACUGGCCCCCACAUUCUUCAACCAGAGUAUUUGGGCUCAGGGCAGCAACAAGGUUGGUGGUAUGUGAGGCAAGGGUGGGGGAGGGGCCCGGUAAAGAGGAGGCCUGAUUCCUCUAACUCUAGACUUGGGCCUUUAAUUCUGAAGUUCAAUAUCAGUCCCUUAUGCUACCCUUUUGUUGCAGCACAGGCAAAUGGCACUUAGCCAUUCAGAUGGGAAAGAGAAGCUACUUUGCAGAGCUAAGCAGUGCCCCUUGGCCCCUUUGUCUUCUCCAAGGAAUUAUGGAGAGGGAGAAGCCUAAUGAUCCCAGGGUGCCAGAAUUAGGGAUCCACAGGGAUUAACCCUACUCUCUGACCCAGUUCAGGGAGGCCAAAGGGUAUUCCUGAACCUCCUUCCACCUCCAAAGUGCCCCUGAAGAAGUCUGGGCAAUAUGUGUCCUAUUUCUUCGGCUUCAGGGCAUAGCUCUAGCCCUUCAGAUUCUACCUAUGUGUUGUUUCCUCCUCGAAUAUAUACAGUUCCUUAUGCCAUCGUCCCUAGCAGACUUUCCUCAAGGAGGAAACAGUUCAUUCUGGUUCCUACUUCUACCUUACAUUUGGGACACGAAAGAAAUUCUUUCAGGUUUAGAUUCUUGCCUCCACCUUCAAUCCUCCUCUUUACUGAAGGUUUCAGCAUCCUAAGAGAGUCACUGAUAUGCUCUGGAAACCCCACUGAAACCACCCUUUACUCUUUUGACUCUUUCCUUAGAGACCUGGAGGAGGAGUGGCAGCUUGCUCUCCUUGGGUGAGGAAGGGGAAGCCACCCUCUAGCCUGGGGGAGUAUGACUGCCUUACACCCUUCCAGGCUAUGACCCUUCUGUCUCUUAGACUGAAUCAGGUGAGGUGGCUGAUUGGCCCCAGAUAAACAUAAAGCAGUUGUAACUAGCCAUUCUGAAUAGUGGUCCCUUCCUAAGAACUACUGGCCAGAAAUCAAAAAGCUGGUCACUUUGCACCCAGACAACAGUGGAGCUUUCCUGUUCAUAAAACUGUUUUUUCUAACUCUGAAGGCAAACCCAGUUCUCAAACUGAACUAACUCUUCCUAGACAACAUAUACCAUGGCCUCUUUAUUGAUAAACUGUUCAGGGUUUAUAGUGGGAGUGGGAGGAGUGGGCUUGGGAACUUUGAACAGUCAGAGCCCACUUAGGCUGCUUUCUACCAAGAGGAGAUUUUUGUCCCCAGAGUCCUGCAGUCUACUUAAUUUGCCUGAGUUUAUAUACAUACAUAUCUAUUCUACAUAUCUACUGUACAUCAGUGCUCUCCUGGCCUCACUCACACAUUAAACUCUAAUACCUCUUGAAGUAUUAAUGUUCUGCCUUGCUCUUUGUUAGCCUCAGCCUCUGGUUGGAAAGAUAGAUGCAUCCUGGCUGCUUCCCUAGGAUGUCUCUGUCCAUUAAUGUUUGGGGUGAGCUGCCCACCAGACCAAAACAACAGAAGCCUGUGGCCACAGAGGAAUCUAAUAGGAAACCUCACUCUGUUCUCUCCACUCAUUCCAAAUCUUGUUCUUUGGAGACCUGGGCCUUGGAUGAAUUUUCCUGGACCCCCUAAACAGUGGCUCAGGUGACAAACUAGAGCAGAUCUAUGCUCUACCCACUCCUGAAGAAAAGAAGGAACAAGAAGUCCUUUAUUAUCUUUUACCAGGAUAAAACAGAAUACAUCCUCUGGCCACUUUCAAUUCCUAAGGUCCAGUUCUGGGCUUAAAGAAAACAAUGGUUACCACCAAAAUCAAGGGGGAGUGAGAUGGUUGGACUGUUGUGUUGUAAUCAAGUAGUGGUCAAUGGGUAGAACUGCUGGGAACCUAGAUUGACCUGUUCCAGGGGAUGCAAGGAAAUGGCUUGGGUCCAGAAGCCAAACAUUGCCUCCUACCCCACUAAGCCACACGUUUAGGGUGUUAGAUCUUUUUAUCACAAAGUGUUUUUUAUCUGCUUUAGUGUUCAUGAGGCCUCUGAGCAGGAGAACUGGGUAUCUGGCUUUAUGGUGAGUAGGUUAUAGGCAGGUAUCCAACACAAAACCUGAACAUCAUUCCGAGUAGGGUAACUUUGUAGGGGCCUUGAUUAUAUUUAAGAAUGGGAUAGAAGAAAUUUGUUGUGGAUAGAGGACUCAGGAACUUUGAGGCAUGUGCCUGUCCUAGAAGGCAGAUAAUAAGGAAAAAUCUUUUACCAGGAAAGUCCUUUCUCUAACCCUCAUCCUACCUGAAAGCUCUUGGGCUGCCUGUGGUAAUUGCAGUGGGCCAGGAAUGGUAGAAAAGAUGUAGAUCUUGUUAUGUAGGAUUUGUACUGUAGGUGGACCAAAGCAGCGGGUCAGGGGUUGAAUUUUCACUAAGGGGGUCACUGACACUUUGUGGUCUUACGUUUUCCUGUCAUACCUGAGGUGAGUAUACUGCUCAAGGGUCUAGUGACUGCCACUGCAGCAUGUGUGGGCAGUUUGCCUCUAGUGAGGUAAAUGGAUCCAUGUAUACUGUGAAUUCACACUGGGGUUGGAUUUACCAAAAUGUGUUGUAUGUUGUUAGGUAUUUGCUAUGUAUCAUGUCUCUUAAAGGUAUUAUGUGUGGUGUUGUGUAGUUUAUGGCCCUGUACUGGAAGGGUGGUGAAGGGAGUUGCUAGGUUGGUAAUCUAAGGAAACCUUCUGAUUUGGAGGAUUAGCAUCAGUGAUAAGGAAGGUGAGUGUUUGUUGGAGUUGUCAAAUAGUACCAGGGAACAGUUUGGACUGACAGGCAAUUUAUCCUCAAUAAAAUUUGAUGGAGGCCAAAAAACCAUUGUGAAGAUACUUCUGCUUCCAGCUAGAGCAGCAUGGAUUAACACUGGGGAAGGCUAACUGUCUGGAGAACAUGAAGCCAUAAUGUAUUUCCCUGUAGAGUAUCCUACCCAGGAGGAUAUGUGCUCUUCCCUCAAGAUUGGAAAGGCUGGAAUCAAGGUUCUCAAGUGCCCACUUCCUUCAAUGCCCAAAGUUGGAAAAUAUUUCCCUUUAGGGAACCUGUUUGAAUUUCUGGUGUUCCAAGAACUGGGCUGGCAGGCUAUAGUAGUGAGAAUCCCUGAGACCAGGCAGAGGCCAAUGCUGGGAGGUGGUUUCCAACCGAAUUCAUUUUAAGGAAUACCUGCGUUGCCUGGUGGAUACUUUGAAAAGAGUUUGGACUCUAGAUCCAACAUCAGGUUAGAGGAUUCUUUAAACUCACAUCCUCAAUAGCAGACUCAUGGCCUGUGGAACCAUUUCUGACUAGGAAUUCCAUCAAAUUUCCCUUGACAUAGUUGACAGAUAACCAGGAAAGUAGCUGCCUUAAUACAAACAGUCUUGGGAGGGAAACUGGAGGCCCUGCCCUAGGGCUGUGAGACUUAGCUCCUCAACUGGGCAGCUCUAUCUCUGGGGUUCCCUGCCAAAACCUGGCUCUUGGAACAAAGAAGUACUUUAUUGACUUUGCACUGUUUUAACACGAGUGGCUGUGGGAGAGGAUAAGGCUCAAGGCCAGGGCUGUGCUCCCAGUGUCCACCUCCUCCCACAGCUGCCAUAUUUGGGAGGUGACCUGCUGAAUGUACUUGCUGUUCCCAAGGCAGUAUUGAGUCCAGCCUGAAGUCUGCUAUGCUGUUUGCUGGAUGCAAGAACUGGUCACAAGAUAAGAAUUGUGGACAAGAUUUGGGGGAGGAGGCAAGGGUGGCAGGCAAGUGUAGAAAAGUUUGGGAUGAAGGGGUGGGGCU